GGUCAUCAGGGAAGGAGGAUUGUUUGCUGCCCAGGAAAUGAGUGUGAGGAGCAGCCAAUGGGAGGUGGGAAUGAUGGGUAGUGAGUGGUCACUUUGCCUUUAAGUGGGAAUUCAAAUGUGGCUGUAGAAAGUGCUUUAUAGUCAUACAGGGGGCUGGAGCGAUGGCUUAAUGUGAUUAGGAGCACUCGCUGCUCUUGCAGAGGAUGAUUUGGUACCCAUGACCCAGAGAGCUGCUCUCAGGACUACAGCUCUAGGAAUCCCAACACCCAUUUCUGGCCUCUACAGUUACUAUGAACACGUAGUGCACACACAUGCCAGAAAAAUAUACAUAAAAUUAUAUGUUAAAAAUUGUCAUGCUAGAUAGCUUAGGUUGGAGCUUGGGGAGAUCAUGACACCUCUCUGAAAGUUGCUACAAUAUGAAAAAGACAUGUAAACAAAGUGGCUUCAUAUUAGUCAAGUAUUCAUUAUUUUAGAAAAAUGAUAAACAUUACUCAGUUUUUUUUUUAAAGCACUGAUGCUCAGGCAUUCAGCAUUCAAUAAGAGUCACUCUAAUCAAUAAAUACCCAACUGGAGGCAAGGAUAUACAUGUAUUUUUUUUUCUUCCGUCAUGUUAAAUAUCUCACUUAGAAGCUCAGGUCUCUGGGAGACUUAAGUCAAAUUGAGAGGGUGUACCAGACCGAAUGGAGACUGGUCAUUGGGAUCGCUGGCAGUACCAACGAUGCUUUCAGAACAGCUGGCAGUUCUUGCUGGCAACAGCCUCCACUUUCCCAACAAGUUAAGAUCAAGGCUGUGAGCACCGCACCGAAACUCCCACCAACCAGGUUCUGACACGUGCACGAGCUUUAAGACCCUGCGCAGCGGAAACGCGUGGGCAGCACGUGGCCGCAUCCGGCGCGCCCUGGGACUAGCGGCUAUGGACGUGGGCGCCGACGAAUUUGAGCAGAGCCUUCCACUUCUGCAGGAGCUUGUUGCGGGUGCGGACUUCGUGGGUCUGGACAUAGAGUUCACAGGUCUACGUUCAAACUUGUCUCAGCCCCAGCAGAUCAGUCUUUUUGACUUGCCAUCUGAGUGGUAUCUGAAGACCCGGCAGAGUGUUCAGCAGUUUACAAUCUGUCAGAUCGGAUUGUCGGCGUUUUCCAGCAUCGAAGGAGAGUCCAACAAGUAUGUAGCACACUCCUGCAAUUUCUUUCUCUUCCCGACAACAUUUGGGAUCCUGGACUCAGAAUUCUCUUUCCAGGCGUCUAGUGUACAGUUUCUGAAUCAGUAUGGCUUCGACUAUAACAAGUUCCUCAAAAACGGAAUCCCAUACAUGAAUGAAGAACAGGAGAAGAAAAUCAAGCACAGUAUCUUGAGAGGGAACUGGAGAGUCCGAAGCUCUCUGGAUAAAGAUCAAAUCAAGGUGGUGAUUGAUAAGGUGACCCAGUGGCUGGACCUGGCUGAGGAAGGGGACCAGAUGACCCUGCCUGGCAUCUCUGGGUUCCAAGCCUUUGAGGUCCAACUGGUGCUGAGGCAGGCCCUCCCCAACAUUUGGACAGUGCUGAAAGAGGAGGGGGUGAUUGUGAAGAAGGUAAGCCAGCCACAUCGCUGGUACCUUGAGCACGCCUCUUGUGACCAAGUGAGCUGUUGGAAGGAACAGAUUCUUCUCUCUGCAAGGGGCUUCUCUGUCUUUUUUCAGAUGCUGGUGAAAGCCCAGAAGCCCUUGGUAGGACAUAACAUGAUGAUGGACCUACUGCAUCUCCAUGAGAAAUUCUUCCGACCUCUUCCAGAAAGCUACGAUCAGUUUAAGCAGAACAUCCAUAGCCUGUUUCCUAUCCUCAUUGACACUAAGAACGUGACCAAGGACAUCUGGAAGGAACUGCGUUUCCCACGAGUCUCCAACCUCUCGGAAGUGUAUGAAGUGCUGAGCAGUAACUUGAAUCCCACUAAGGAUUCUGGACCAGUGAUUAUUCAUGCAAGACAGUGUAAAAAAUACGCUGAGACCAAGUGCCCUCAUGAAGCAGCCUAUGACGCUUUCCUCUGCGGGUCAGUUCUUUUGAAAGUGGCUCACUUGCUUCUACAAAGGGUGCAUGGCAGCGAUGCUGUGCAUGAGCCUGCCUUCCCCCAAUACCUUGAUGUGCUAGCGCCUUACGUGAACCAAGUGAAUCUUAUCCGAGCUGGGGUUCCGAAAAUCAAUUUUUCUGGCCCGGAUUACCCCAGCAUCCGCCCUCCUGUGCUCAUCCUCACUGUCAGGAGGUGGCCUGGGGUGAGUGAGCACCAGAUCUACCGUGAGUUCCAGAAUCUCUGCAAGUUCGAUGUCAGACGGUUCACUCGAAGCCAGUUCCUGCUCCUGACCAAUAAGUUUAAGGAUGCCCGCAGUGUCUUGAAGGAAUACAGGAGUCACCCGACCCUUCAGGUCUCCCUGUACCGGUACUGGAGACAUUCCCCCAACAUCACCUGCCUGUUAAAGGUCUGCAGCAUAGUCACCACGUGGGCCAUGAUUGCAUUUCUCCUGGGAAGACCCAGCCCCUGAGAUCAGUGAACUGCCUCAGCUUCAGUCUCAGCCUCUGGAGAUGGCUCUCUGGGCUAAGGUGGCUUGCCUUGCUGCCUACCAACUGUGGGGCCUCUCUGCAUUCCCCCCUUCCCCGAAUCUGUUGAGACCUCCUUUCUCGUCUGGUCCUCAUGGUCAUGUAUUGCCAUCUUUUACUGAGAUCAUAGGUAGGCUGUAGUUUGGAGGGCAACAUCCUACGUCCUUGUUACACCAAGGCUGACAUGGUCCUCCAGGGUGAGUCUGGUUCUGAGCCCACUUGCCCCGAUAAUCUGCAUUUCACUGUCCCUUCCUCUGGUGAUAUGCCUGCUCUUACAGCAGGAUUUAGUCAGUGGAGACCUGUGGAGAUGGAGGGCGACUGGAGGAGCUGGAUGAUAACAACCCUGUUUGACCUGACCUUUUUGUUUCAAGGCAAUGUCCACAGAGCCUCUUGACCCUAGUAACACCAUCUUACCUCCUCUCAGCUUCUCUAAGGAGCCUGGGUGAAAUCUGUCGGUCCCAGGGUCUUAGGUAGCUUCCCAUCCCGUUGGAUGUUUGUUUAUUUACUUUUAGUUUUUUGAGACCAGGGACCAUUGUAUCCCUGGCUGUCCUGGAACUUGCUAUGUUGACCAUGCUGGCCUCAAACUCACAGAGAUUCACCAGCAUCAAAAGUCAUUUGACUUGCUUCUGUUUUCUUGAUGGCCACCUGCCACGUGUAUGGCAGAACUCGCCUAACCUCAAGUGCCAGUCCUUUCCCACAUGACUCUCAUGUAUCUGGAUGUGGGAUUUUCAAAGGAGGUCCUACAUAGUUUUGAGGGAGGCCUCUAGCCUGCUGCCCACACGGGCUGUGGUCCACUGACCCCCACUUCCCGGCAGCCCAGCUGCUUAGACACUUAUCUCUGUUUGGAUGGAAAUUUGCUGUUUUAUCAACAUGCUUCCCCUCAACCCCCCAAACUUCACUCAGAUUCUUCAGAAAGUAGGAGGCCUGCCAUGAGCAGGUCAUGCUAAGUUUUUAGAACUGUGAAAAAAAAUAAACCAAAUGGAGCCUCUCUCAAGAGCCUGCUUCUGGGAGUCCGAGCAUUCUGGCGUUCAUCCCAUUGCCUCUUAUCCAGCUUUCCAAAACUCUAAAUAAAUUAAGCGCAGAAGC